UUGCAGUACAACAGUAUACAACUAGAAAAUAAUAUGUUCUCUCAGUUAUUUUUUUCACUAUUAAUAAAUCAGUUGUUUUCCAAUCGUGUUGGUGCGUGUAAAAACAAUUACUAAUAACACAUAUAUAGAUUAUUUCAAUGAAUUAGUAAUUUCAUAAGUUAUUUUUUAUUAAUAAAAAUUUUAUAAGUUAGUGGUUUUUUUUAUUUUGAUAUUAUGUUAAAGACUUGUUUCGGAUGUUGUCCACUACAUCACGGCGUCAGUGCGAUUGCCCUUAUAAACAUAAUUUGGAAUAUUACGGAACUUUUAAAACACAUCUAUCAUCGUACUGAACAAUAUGAACGAUUUAACUGGGUUUAUCAUUCAAAUAACAAUUCUUCAGUUUCUCCUGAUGACAAUAGCACUGCAGAAGAAGAUUCAGAUUACUGGUCAGAUAUCGAAAAAAUACCUGUUAUGAGCGGGAUAUACAUGGACUAUUUAUUUAUAAUUACAGUCAGUUGGGUCGUUUUGGAAUUCAUUUCAAACUGCUGUCUCAAGCAAUCCACUUUCAAACGUGCUCCUCAAAAAAUCUACGCGUGGCUAGUGGUUUAUUACGGAAAUUUAGUGUUUAUGGCAUUGCAUUCGGUCCACUACUUAAUAUUGAUGAUGCGGAAUCAAAUUCUGGUAUACACAUUUUUCUCAAUGGUGAAACAACAUUUUGGACAUUUUUUUUUUAAAUCGAUUUACAUAGCUAUUAUAAGUCUUGAGAUCGUGAUAAUCCACUCAUACUAUAUUUUUGAAGAAAAAAAUAUGCUUAAUGACAUCAUACAACUUAAAUGGAAAUACGUAUCACGGGGACAAAUGGUGUCCAAGGGUAUCGAUUAUUCUUCGUCAUCAACUUUCAACGCAAGAACAUCGGGCCAAACCCAAGAAGGAUCUAGAAUACCACCGUACAUAACCAACAUUAUACAGGAUAACUGAUAUGAUAUAUUAAAUAUGUUUUCAAGUCCAAAAAAUAAAAUUGACAAAAAUUUAUAUAACGGUGCAUUAUAAAAAGUAAUUAUUUUUUUUAAUGAAUUUUAAACUUGUUGUCAAUUUAAUUUUUGUAAAUUAAAUAUUUAAUUUAAAACUUUUGUUUAAUAUUAUUCCUAAAUUAAAUACGGUGACAGUAUAAUAAUUAAUAACUAAUUAUAUUAAAUUAAGUAUUCGAGUCCAUCCAGUUAUUUAAUCUAACCUAAAAUCCUUAUUCUUCGUUGUAAAUUUUAUCAAAUUGUGUAUUAUUAUUAAAACAGUUAAAAUUAUAAUUUUUCAAAAAAUAAUUUAAAUCUAUUUUAUUCAAUGAUGCGUAGAUAGUUAUAGCUAUUUGAUUUUUUCAUCUGUCGCCUAGUCAAUAUUGUGAUAACCACGUUGUUUGUACUUGUAUGCUUUAUAAUAAAUUAUAAUGAAUUAACUAUAAAUUAA